AUGAACUCUUCAAUCUCCUAUCUUGGCGGCGAGGCACGUCAGCUCCGCAUGGCAGCGGCUCAAGAAACCGUGCGCCAAUUCGAAGGCGACAGCGAGGUCGUCAACGAGCGAUACGACCAGAAAUUCUAUCGCUCGCGCCGUCUGACCUUGCUCGCUUCGCUCCCAUCACCCACCCUCAACAUUGUCGCCACUGCGACAGCAGACGCUGCGCUGGUCUUCGAAUCGCAGCCAGAAAUUCUCUCCGUGCAAGCGGUCCGUGCACGCGAGUUGCACUUCGACCUGGACCCAUUGCUACCACUGCCCACGAGAGAAAACUGCGACACUCUCACCGACUUCGACGAGUACCCUGCCUCCGAAUGGCAGGCUGGAGACCCAGCGGUGUUCCCGCGAGACCACCGAGAGUCUCCUGUCCCGUCCGUGCCCAGGGCACGUGACCAGGAGAUUCUUGGUGGCCGCGAGACGCGCUCGCCGACCGCGCCAGGCUAUCGUCCCUUCGAGGGCGUGGCCGCUCUGGGUGGUCGUGGCAUUGCCGUGCCAGUCAAGCCUCCUCCGAGCAAGACUGGCGGCAAGCGCACCGCCUCAGAGAUCCUCGACGAAGGCAGCGAGCAGCUCGACAGCGAGGUUGAUGACCAGAUCAUCGACCUCGAAGCUGCUGCGCUGCCCGAGGAUGGCCGGCCUACGAAGCGAGCCAAGCGCAGCAACACUGCGGGUCUCCAGGCCCCUGCCGUCGACCAAGCCCCCGCCGCAACCAAGGGCGUCGCACGCCGAUUGCCCAAGAAAGCGAAUGCGGGGGCGGUCAAGAAGGCUCCGGCCAAAAAGGCCAAAAAGCCCAAGAAGGCUGCGGCCAGAAAGGCCCCAAAAGUCUCUAUAAAGAAAGAGACGGCCAAUUUCUCCAACAUCCGCGUCCGCUGGCCCGCCACCGUCACCGGCUCUCGCCUCCCCAAAUCCAUCAAAGAGGCUUUCGAAGCCGCAUCCGAGCGCACCGAAGUCCUCUACAAAGCGCACGCCCUGCAGACAGGCGAACCGCGCCAACCAAACCAACACCUCGACUUCCUCCCCGAGACGCACCACGCGCAAAAUUUCCAGCCCGACGAACUCCCCGACGUCCUCGACGAUCCCGACGACGACACGGGUCCCAUCCGCUGCGUCUGCGACGAGGGCGAUGUCGCGUCGAAACCCGAUUGGAUUCGAUGCGAUACCGUGGGCUGUCGCGUGUGGCAGCAUGUUGAGUGUGUGGGGUCUGCGGCGGCUGCGACGCCUGAGUUGAGAGAGGCGAAAUGGUAUGAAUGCCAUGUGUGUAGUCCGUGGGCGCAUCGGCGCAGUUUGCAGGCGUUGCGAAAAGAGCGGCCAGAUCCAAUUGGCGACGCGAUACGAGAGGGGGCUGUUGAUGAGAGUGGGGGUGAAGAGGGCGGCGAGGAUGGUUAUGAUGAUGAUGAUUAUGAUGAGUGA